AUGUCAAAAUUAUCCUCUCAAAUCUGUAACCAGAUCUCCUCCGUCUUCUCUAACCCAACCGAUCCAUAUCCACCACCGUUAGACCUCCUCGUGACGGAGCUCGCCGGCGUCUCCCGCCGCAGCGCUCGUGUCUUCCUCCACGGCGUUGGCCGCGAAGGCAUCAUGCUCAAAGCAUUCACGAUGCGUCUCUUCCACCUCGGUCUCUCCUCUCACUUAGUCUCCGACAUGACCACACCUCCAAUCUCUUCCUCCGAUCUUUUAAUCGCCUCAGCCGGUCCCGGAGGAUUCUCCACCGUAGAUGCGAUUUGCUCCGUCGCUAAAUCGACCGGCGCUAAGGUUCUCCUACUCACGGCGCAGCCGGAGACAGGGUCGUGUGUGAAACACGCGUCGGCUGUUUGCUAUGUCCCUGCGCAGACCAUGGCGAAUGAUGACGGCGGAGAUGCGGCGGCGAAGGGAGAGAGACCGUUGUUGCCGAUGGGGAGUGUAUACGAAGGAGCUUUGUUCGUGUUGUUCGAAAUGGUUGUUUACAAAUUGGGAGAGGUUUUGGGUGAAUCACCUGAGUCCUCUGGGUCCUAUGACCAUGUGCUGUUUCGGAAUUACGGUUUAGAAAUGCUUGCUGUUUCGUUUUCUUAA